AUGUCUCUCACGAUCGAGCACACCGCCUUCCCCACCAUCAUCAACAAGAUCCUCAAGUACGCCGACUUCCCGACGCAUCUUGCGUUCCGUGGCACGUCCAAGGAUUUCAAGGCCGCCAUCGACAACGUCAUUCACUCUGACGCCGAGGCGCUCGACUCUGACGACGAACCAUUUGGCAUUGAGGACACCCGCAACGUACGCGUCAUCCCUGCGUUGUUCGUCAUCAUCACCCAGCUAGCACCGUAUUUGAUCUACAACGGCAACCUGAAGAUUGUUGGGAUGGAGAAGAUCGGAGAUCCUAUCCGCUACUUUUACGAGCCUUUGGAGGCCUUUCUCGCAAGGGACCCAUUCGAGCGGGAGUAUAUCGAUGCCAUCAGAUCGGCCAUAACAUGCCUCUCGUUCUCGGACUGGUGGGCCGAGCUCGGCUCUCGAAAGGCCAUCCACGGACUAUGGAACCCUCUUGCGGAGGUAGAAGUGCGCCCGAUCACAGACCCGGCAUUGGAGGGAAGGCUGACAGCGCACCAGGCAGGCCGUGCUGAUAGGGCUGAAUUUUGA